GCUGUUGACGGCUGUCGGUGGGCGUUGGCAGAGGCCGUGGGUCCGCUGUGAAGGCCGUGGCUAUGAAUAGUUACAGGUGUGGAUACACUCGGGGACGACGGUCAUGCAAUUGAUACUUAAAAAUACAACCCUCAUCAAACUCUCCCUUCCUCCUCCACUGCCGGCCUCGGGGGCGAACGAGUUGCAAUUUGGUGAACGCGCGCGCACAGACAGACACCGGUCCAGAAUCGACGACAUCGACAUUGAAACACGUCCAAACCACGAUUCAACAUCGAGGUUUGCGAUCGUGCGCACGAGAUCGGAAAACCGAAACACCGACAACCUCCUUUCCACUCGGGUCCGCAUCAUCCCACCACCCGCAAUCGCAACUGCGACGAAGUCGACGUCGACGCGUCCGUGUGUAGAGAGAGACCAUACGCGUCAAGCAAUUCCUACAACCCAUGUUUUCCUCCUUCCUCUUCCAUCCCAAUCCCUAUCCCGAGUCGGGGACUCGGCUUCCUCGUGUCUUUCCAAAUCCGAUCUAGCUCCACCUGCCAAAUUCGGGCAGAUGAGUACGCUAAGCCGAAUGUGUCCACCGGGCAGACACCGUGGUGAGCUCGCGAGAGGAGAUGACGGACGAUCAGGGUUUGUUGUUGCUGGUUUGGAAGAGGGCAGGAGAGGCUGUGGUUAUUCGGUCCAUUGCUAUGGGUAUGUAAGGAUCUGAUGAGUCAAUUUGUGUGUAUUGCUCGCAAUGGCCAAGCUAUGUCUCCUCCACAUCGGCAUCGAUAUCAAUAUCGUUGUCUGCUUCAGCUAUGCUAAAUGCGUCCGCGUAUA